AUGGGGAUCCUCAACGACAGCGACCGGGACAAGGUGAAGCGCCACAUCCCCAAGGCGCUGAACAAGAUCAUCGAUGCCACCGUCGCCCGCUUGUACAUUGCCUACCCUGACCGCACCUCGUGGACGUACACGGGGCUCAGCGGCGCCAUCGCCCUCGUCGACGACCACGUCGGCCACACUUACUUCCUCAAACUUGUGGACAUUGUCGGCGCCCGGGGCGUGAUCUGGGACCAGGAGCUCUACGUCAACUUCGAGUACAACCAGGACCGCAAGUUCUUCCACACGUUCGAGAUCGAGGACUGUCUUGUUGGCCUUCUCUUUGAGGACACCAAGGACGCCGCCCACUUCUACAAGCGCGUCACCAGUCGCCACAAGCACGCGCUGCGGGCGACGGUGAACAACAAGAACGCGAUUGCGCUUAAGCAGCGCCAGGGGGCGCCGGCGGCACCGCAGCAGGGGCCGCGGGGCGAGUACGUCGACACAACGACGGCGCAGCGCCAGCGCCACGCCCGCGGCGUGCUCUACUACGACGGGGCGCCGCCGCCGGAGUGGCGCCUGCUCUACCGCGAGCUCGAGCUGGCGGGGAUCACCGAGGACAUGAUCGCCGAUAACCGCGAGUUUAUCAAGGACUACAUUGCUAAGCAAGGGGGGCCGUUAGUGGGGUUGGAACCUCCCAUCCCGAGACGGUUUGCCAGCGCCGCUAACUCCACUCCCGACUUAUCAGAUUUGGUGACGCCGCUGUCGCUGACGAAGAAGAAGGCGCCGCCGCCGCCACCGGGCGCGGGCGCUCCCAGUGCGCCGUUUAGCGCUGGGUCUACAUCUUCACCUACGCCCCCGCCAGGCUCGAGCGAGUCGCCCGAACCCUCAGCUACACCUACACCUACCACGUUCAAGCCACAAUUCCGCGUGCCGCCACCGUUAUCGCUGGCGCCGGCGCCGUCAGUAUCCGCCAAUAAGGCUUUACCUGAGCUCCCUCAACUGCCAGCGCUGCCUCUAACGCCGCAACUGCCGGCGCCCGGAGCGCAACCACCGCAGGCUCUCCCACCGAGACGAGGAUUGCCGCCAGCGCCUCCUCCUCGAGCUACUGGGGGAGCGCCACCACCAGCUCCUCCCCCACGCGCUACUACGGGAGCUGGCGCCCCUCCUCCACCUCCACCACGCGCUCGCGCCGCAGCGCCACCACCAGCGCCGCCGCCUCGAGCCAGAAACGGCGCUGCUGCCCCUCCACCCCCACCAAGAGUGCUUCUGCCACCUUCAGCAACCCCUCAACAGCCUCAAGCACCACCACAAUUCACUCUGCCGCCGCCUCAGGCUCCGCCAAUGGCGUCGCCGCCACCAUCGUUACCUCAGCGCCAAGUGCCGGCGCCGCCACCGACGGCGCCCGCAGCGCAAACCCAAGUACCACCUCCACCACCUCCUCCCAUGGCGCAAAGCCAAGCAGCACCCCCUCCACCGCCUCCCUUACCCCCUCAGCCAGCAGCAGCGCCUACUACUGCGGCAGCGGCGCCGCCUCCUCCUCCACCAUUACCGCCGAUGGCUGGUGGGGCGCCUGCGCCCGCUACUGGCGCCGGACCGCCGCCACCGCCACCGCCGCCGCCUGAUCUUGGUGGCGCUGCGCUGGGCGGACCGCCUCUCCCUACACCUGACGCUGGCCGUGACGCUUUACUCUCAGCGAUUCGGGGCGCCGGCGGCGUGGGGGCGCUUAAGAAGACGGAUAAGUCACAGCUUGAGCGCCCUAACGUGUUGCUUCAGGAAGCUCGCGGUGAGACUCCCGCCGCACCUCCUGGGGGCGCCGGCCCCGGCGCCGCUGAUGGCGGUCUUGCCGGCGCGUUAGCCGCCGCUUUGAACAAGCGCAAGAACCGCGUGGCGCAAUCCGACGACGAAGACGACGAAGAGUGGUAA